UCCAGACAGCCAGAGAUCCUCCGUUCUGCUCCUCCUCCUCCCCCCCUCCGUCUCCUCACCACCGCUCCCCUCUCUGCUCCUCCAUCGCCGUCCCUCCCACAUCGGGACUCCCAGCACGCAGCAGUCUUGCCUCGCCCUCUCCCAGAACCCUCACCACCACCACCACCACUAAAACCAUCAUGGCUGUCCUCCCAUCUCUCCAACGGGCGCUGAUCAGUGUGUGUUUCCUGGCAUGCCUGGUGACGCCCAUGCCCGUACCCACCGACGCGCCCACGUGCACGCCUGACGAGAGCGCGCACUACAGCCUCACGUUCACCGGCAAGUGGACACAAGACGCCUUCCCCAAGCAGUACCCCAUCUACCGCCCCCCUGCCCAGUGGUCCAACCUGAUUGGGGUGAGUCACAGCGUUGACUACCACAUGUGGCGGCGAGGUGACUUCACCAGUAACGGCGUGCGGGAGUUCACGGAGAAGGGGGAGGCGUGGACCCUGAUGAAGGAGGUGGAGGCGGCCGGCCAGCGCGCCCAGAGCGUCCUCGGGGUGUUCUCCACGCCCGCCGUGACGGCCGGGAGUGGACAGGCCAGUGCUGAGUUUGAGGUCUUCGCCAGCAACCCCUAUCUGUCCUUCAUGGUACGCAUCGUCCCCAGCCCUGAUUGGUUCGUGGGCGUGGACAGCCUGGACCUCUGCGAGGGCGGCCAAUGGAAGGAGAACGUUUCAUUGGAGCUCUUCCCCUACGACGCAGGAACCGACAGCGGCUUCACCUUCUCCUCACCCAACUAUGAGACCAUCCCCCAGGACAAGGUCAUGCAGAUCACCUCCUCCUCCCCCAGCCACCCUGCCAACUCCUUCUUCUACCCACGCCUCAAGCACCUCCCAGCCAUCGCCAAAGUGACGCUGACCAAGACAAGGAAGACCAAUCAGAUCAUCAGCCUUCCAGCGGAACCCACCCAGUCAAACCAACUGCCAACCGACAACGAGAUUGAAGAGAAGCACAUCAAAACUCCCCUGGAUUGCGAGGUUUCCCCAUGGUCUCCGUGGGGCUUGUGCAAAGGGAAGUGCGGAGACUCGGGCGUGAGGCACCGCACACGCUACGUGCUCAUGCACUCGGCCAACCACGGAACGGCCUGCCCUCUGCUGGAGGAGGAGAAGAAGUGCACCCCCGAUAACUGCUUAUGACUAGGCCAGGGACAGAGGGAGGAAAAGGAGAGAAAGGAGAGGACGAAGCGGAAGGAGAGAAGACAGGGAAAGGGGAGGAAAGGAAAGGGGAGAGUGAGAAACAACAGGAAGCGCUCUGCGUUGACUUCCCAUCUGAAAGUAGUGUAGAGUUAAAAUCAUUGUUGUGCAUCAGAAAGGAUGUUUGAGGGAAUACCAACCCUAAAGACUACACCUUCAAACCCCUAAAACUAAAUUAGUGUACCAGGAACUAUUUAAAAGGAUGCAGAAUGUGGUUUGCUAGCACCUUAUUUUGGUUCCCCCGAAUCUCAAACAAUGACAAGUUUAUAAAAAUGCAAAACUAUAGUCUUAACACAGGAGGAUAAGGUGCUCAUAUGGUGCUUCACAAUUUGAAAUAUGUUUUUAGAGUGUUUCAAAUGUUUUUAAAUUGACUGUGGUUGUUUUCCUCAGGACAAAGAACACAUUUAUUUACAGGAUUUUAACCUGUACUGUACAGUUUUAAAGAUUACAGCAAUAUUUCAUAUUUGUCUUUGUUGUUGUUGCUUAUUGAUGUAUCACAAGUGACUUUUUGUAAAAUAGUCAAUUAUAAUUCUGUUUAUAACUGUGUAUAUGUGUGUAUGUGUCUAUUGUCAAUAAAAUGUAAAUACAUCUAACAA